GUUUUCCUAACCGAACCGCUCUUUCUGAGCAUAUUCUUGAAAUCAUUUCAUCCCGAGGUUUUCCUCUAACAAACUAGGUCAAGCUCUCAUUUCGUUUGUUUUGGUUUGAAGUUCUGCUAGUGUGUGUAUUGGUUUCAUUUCUCUUCUGGUGUUGUGACCGUUCAGAUUCAAAGUCUAACAAAAUGCGUUUUCAACGAAUGAAUAACAAGUUGAGUGAGAAGCAGGAGUUUGACGAGAGCAACGGAGAUUUCGAGAAUGAAGACCAAAAUCUCAACAACCAAACCGUGCACGAUUGUUCAGAUAUGCUGACUUUGGAAGGAUUGAGGCGGACUUACAACUCAUGUUCCAAUUGUGGCGUCAGCUGGUAUGAUGACCACGUAAGCCUCGACUGCAGCGAGUGCGGUGGAUAUGCAAUGUACAGACCAUGCCCAACAUGUAAUGGGCAGUGUGGAAGCAUGUGGAGAAGAGAUGUCAAAGCAUCUCAUGUCAGCAAGCACGCCCAGUGGCAUGGUACCUGUUCCUUGAACUGUCAAUCUCAGAAUCUCUUGAAGACAAUGUCUGAGGACAAAAAUGCUAACUUCACCGACAGCUAUCACUGUUUACCCCAGAGUCUGAUGCGUGAAGCACAUAUACUGUAAACCAUGGACAGCAAAAACUCUAUUCCUCCAAAAAUUUCAUGAAAUAUUGCAUUUGUUUUCAUAUGGCCAAAAAAUAUUAGAAAAAGGACAAGAAAAUUGGAAAAUUAUUUUUCUAUGUAUCGGUGAAACAUGAACAAAUGUACGUUCCUAUAAUGCAAAUUUUUUGUUUGAGUUUCUUGCAAAAUUCGAAUUUAGCAUUGUAAGUAGUCAAUUGGACAAAACAUUUGAAACUGUUGAAUUGAAGUUUUAACGAUUUUAUGACCUGUUUAUUGUAAAAUAUUAAAAAAAAAAGCAGUAUUUAUGAUGCAUUUGGGUGAGACCUUGUUUAUUUAUUACUACUUGAAAGGGCAGACAUUCAAAUGCAUGGUACUCAUUUUGUAAUGUAAUAUUUAUUCAAACUUUAACGUGUGUAAAAAUACUUUUUAUUUCAUAAUAAAGAUUUUCAUUUCAUUUUAAAAA